GAGCACAUGCAAAUCAGCAUUCUGUUCGUCCGGCUCGUCGCGCCAAAAGGAAGCCUUUAUAAGAGCGCAGCGCAGGCAUUGUAGAACAUUGUACUACAGUAGAUUGCUCCGUGUAAGGUAUCUCAACAUGUCUGGAAGAGGAAAGACUGGUGGUAAGGCACGCGCCAAGGCUAAGACUCGCUCUUCUCGAGCUGGGUUGCAGUUCCCUGUUGGCCGUGUUCACAGGCUUCUGAGAAAAGGCAAUUAUGCUGAACGUGUAGGUGCUGGUGCUCCUGUCUAUCUGGCUGCUGUGCUCGAGUAUCUGACUGCUGAAAUUCUCGAGUUAGCUGGUAAUGCUGCUCGCGACAACAAGAAAACUAGAAUCAUUCCUCGUCAUCUGCAGCUGGCAGUGCGUAACGACGAGGAGCUCAAUAAGUUGCUGGGCGGUGUAACCAUUGCUCAGGGCGGUGUGCUGCCAAACAUCCAGGCCGUGCUUUUGCCCAAAAAGACCGAGAAAGCAGUUAAGAGCAAGUAAACUAUGGCAAUAUGUCCA